AUGGAGCCAAAACCGGACGUUGAGUCCAAGGUCGAUGUUCCUCCCGAAAAGGCCCCCGCCUCUCUUGACGCGGUUCCUCUGGAGGAAACUGCGGUUGGCAAGAGCCGUUGGGAGCGCAGUUGGCCCACGAUUGCAUGCGGCGCUGGUCUUUUCUCUGAUGGCUACCUCAAUGGGAUCAUCGGACCUGUAAAUACCAUCUUGAAGAGACUGUACCCUGAAGAAUACUCCAACUCACCCGCCAGCCAAAAUGUAUCCUCUAUUACAUUCGCCGGUACCGUGGUCGGCAUGCUUAUCUUUGGAUACACAAGUGAUCACUGGUCGAGAAAAUGGUCUCUAAUGAUCUCUACGAUAAUCUUGUUCCUCUUUGCCGCUCUGUGUGCUGGUGCCUAUGGGUACCAUAACAGCCAUUAUGGUCUGUUUGCUGCCCUUACUGCAUACCGUUUCUUCCUGGGAAUUGGAAUUGGCGGCGAGUACCCUGCAGGGUCUGUCGCAGCCGCAGAGAACACUGGUGAACUCAAGCAAGGCCAUCGCAACCGAUGGUUCGUGAUGUUUACCAAUUUCCAAAUCGACUUUGCCUAUGUUGUCUCCGCCCUAGUUUCGAUGAUUUUGGUUUUGAUUUUCACUGAAAACCAUUUGCGUGCGGUCUGGCGUAUUGGUUUGGGACUCGGUGUCAUUCCACCUCUUAGUCUGAUCUAUCUCCGGUUGAAGUUGGAGGAGCCCGAGGAGUUUAACCGGGAGCGCAUGCACAAGUUCCCUCUUUGGCUGAUUAUCAAGUUCUAUUGGAAGCGUCUGGUUUGUAGUAUUACUAACCGUAAACAGUUCAUAUGCUCAUUGAUCUGGUUCCUCUAUGAUUUUUCUUCCUAUUCUUUCAGCAUCUACUCGUCUGACUGGAUCGCUAUUAUCCUGGGAGACAGUGCUCCUCUCUGGCAGAGCUUCGGUUGGACUACACUGACAUACACCUUUUACAUCCCCGGAUCUUUUCUAGGAGCAUUGUCGAGUGAUUGGCUGGGGCCCCGCAAUACCCUGGCCCUCGGUGUCUUGCUGCAAGGCAUUGUUGGGUUUAUCAUGUCUGGCUGCUAUGAGUAUCUCUCAACGCCCAAGAAUGUAGCAGCAUUCGUCGUGGUUUUCGGUAUUUUCUCGAGUCUUGGUGAGUUUGGUCCUGGCGACAACAUUGGACUGUGCUGUGCCAAGAGCAGCGCAACCGCUGUACGGGGCCAGUUCUACGCCAUCGCUGCUGCAGCUGGAAAGAUAGGCGCGUUUGUUGGGACUUAUGUGAUCCCGAUCAUUCAAGACAACGCGCCUAACAAGAUCCGGUCCGGUCAGGACCCCUUCUUCGUCUCCAGUUCACUCUGCAUCUUUAGUGCUGCUUUGGCCUUUUUCCUCCUGCCAAACAUCGGACAGGACACCAUCACAUAUGAGGAUGCCAAAUUCCGGACCUAUCUAGAGGCUCAUGGUUACGACACUUCUGCCAUGGGCAACCAAGAGGAGCGGUAG